AUGCGCUACGGUCUUGCUGGUUCCAAGGAACCGUUACGCGUGGUAGGGGGUAUGAGGAGCUGUAGCUCGGUGUUUGAUCUGCUGAUGGCGGCGUCCAGGAGACAGGUUCUUUUCUUUCCAGGAGGAGGAGCCAACUACAGUGGUCAAAGUGUAAACCGGGCGGUGGUUGAGAAAACAGGUGAAACAGGUCAACAAGAUGAUAACGAAACAGAGUGGCAUCAGAAUAUUGACACUGUUUUGAGCUGGUUCACCAAAGAAGAUUUUGACUUUGUGACUCUGUACUAUGGAGAGCCUGACAACGUGGGCCAUGCCAAAGGACCAGACCAUCCUGACAGGAAAACCAUAAUAAAGCAGAUUGACCGCACCAUCGGAUACCUGAGGGAGGCCAUCCAGCGAGAUGGUUUGACAGACAACCUGAACAUCAUCAUMACCUCUGACCAUGGCAUGACCACCGUUAAAAAAAGACCUCUUGUAGAUGAGAUAAUCCUCUCUAAAUACCUGAAUUUCUUCAACUUGGUUUAUUUUGAGCUCCUUGACUACGGUGGGUUUGGAAUGAUCACACCGAAGAAAGGAAAGGAACAGCAGGUUUAUGAUGCUCUCAUGAAGGCCCCAAACCUCACAGUCUACAAGAAGGAAGAUAUGCCAGAGAACUUUCAUUUGUCCAAGAAUGACAGAAUGCAGCCUAUUAUUGUCAUUGCUGAUCUAGGUUUCAACUUAAACUCGCGGUUGAUCGUCUACGUAAACAAAGGAGAUCAUGGAUUCCACAUGGACGAAAUGGACAUGAAGACCAUCUUCCGUGCUUUUGGACCAGAUUUCAAGAAGAGUUAUCUGUCCGAGCCCUUUGACAGUGUCCACAUCUACCCUCUAAUGUGCAAGCUGCUGCAGAUAGAUCCAGCCCCUAACAAUGGCUCCCUAUCUGUCACUGAGGGCAUGCUGGUUCAGAACGGUACGGCUGUGAGCUGCUCCUAGAAAGCAUUUUAGUAUCAAAAUGCAUGACAGUGUCUAUGAAUGAAUUGUAAUACAGGAAGAUAUCAACCUUAAUGUG